GCACACUCAAUGUAGGAUGAGGAAAUGAAUGGCGACCAAAACAGAAACACAGAUGUCAUUUGACAGUGUCAACAGCGAACGUUCCACGAUUAAUAUGCCAGGUCAACUUCCAAUGUAUAACGGAAAUAACAGAAUAGAUCACAACAAAAGUCGGUACCCUCACUGCAUCGUGUGGACACCGAUACCUUGUUUAACGUGGCUUUUCCCAUUCAUUGGACACAUGGGAAUUGCAACGACAUCCGGUGUCAUUCGAGACUUUGGUGGACCAUAUUAUGUUGCAGAAGAUGAAAUGGCAUUUGGUAACCCAACAAGGUACUGGCAGUUAGAACUGGAAAAGGUUCGAGGCGGCAAGGAGUCCUGGGACAAGGCUGUUGCUGACGCAUCUGAAGAGUAUAAACACAGAAUGCAUAACCUAUGUUGUGACAACUGUCAUUCUCACGUUGCCAUGGCGUUAGAUCUGAUGAAUUAUGGGAACAGUCAUUCCUGGAACAUGAUCAAGCUGUGUUUUUUGAUGUUGUGUAAGGGGAAGUUUGUCAGUGUCGCAGGCUUCCUGAAGACGUGGCUUCCUUUCUUGGUGAUUGCAACAGUCAUCCUUAUCGCAGUGCUGGCCACACAGAUCUCCAACUCUGACAUGUGAUCUUCAACUAUGACACGUGAUCUUCAACCUGGACACGUGAUCUUCAACUCGGACACGUGAUCCCUAACUUUAAUGUGAUCGACUCACCCAGAACAACAUGGAGGAACACAUAGAUUCUGCCUUGAUACUGUUAUCUGGGGCACAGUUACCGGUUUGUGUCUCAAAUAUGGAUACAGCUCUUUAGAAAACAGAGGGAUGCAAUUUUUUACAUUUCUUAUGUUUCACAUAUUGCAUUUCUGCUACUUGCUCUCGAUGCUGAGUGCAAACAAAAUUGUUUCAUGUUCUUUCAUUCAUGUUCCUGGAUUCAUAAAAUCUCACCCAAACACAACCCAUUCAUAAUGGCCCCUUCUUACAAGUGAGCAACUCAAUUCUCGAUGAGCCCUGUUCCUUUCCAAAUGCGGUUAUUCUAUGAUGAGUGAAAACAUAGUUUUUAGAGAGAGUAUCUAUUAGUCUUAGAAAUAAGUAAUUAAGUAAUGAGUUUACAGUCCUUUUAGCUCAGUAUAAGUUUAGAAAGGGAGUGUUAAUGCCCAUCUCUUUUUCUCAUCUCCGACCUCAUUUUCAAUCCUACCCCACUGGAUCCACCAAAAAGUUGUAGAAGCCACUAUGGGACACUCCAGGUCAAAGUUCACACUGCUUGUGUACAUUGGGAGCUGUAGUUUUGUUGCCAUUGUGUAUCUUCGUCAAGGUCAGUGUCAGAUAUCAGAAGCUUUGUCUCAAUGAAGAGAUUUUGUACUUUAUCACCUUUCAAUUGUUAGUAGUAUGAAGAGAAGCUGUUUAUUUUCAGUUGAUCAUUGACCAGGUCCGUGUAAACUUUGGCACCUUAAAGGCAGAGUGUGGAUCACUCUGUCUGCUUGGGUCUGAUGUCCGUUACAGAUCCUCUAUGUUUGCAGACUAGACUCACUCAUGAAUGACUCUUAUUUCAUGUGUAUACAUGUGAUUAAUAACCAGUACAGUUAUAUGAAGGGAAUAACGCUUUACACAAAGGCACAGACAAGCAAACAUACAGCCUCAGACACAACCAGAGACUCAGAUGUGUGAUGGAUGUACAGAGUUACAGACACAGACAGACACAAACAAGCGUUUGCACGCACGCACGCACGCACACAUGCAUGCACACACACACAUAGAGAACCUCAGGUGCGUGAUGAAUGCAAACACAGCUACGGACACACAUAGAUUCACACACGCAUUCACACCCACAUAUGCACCCAGACACAGACUUGCAUGCACACUUAACACACACAUGCACAGGCUCAGACAAUAUGUGUUUUCAAAUGGUCGACCUCUCAACAGAUAUUGGUCUAUUUCUGUAAUUGUAUUUUACACUCGUCAACAUUCAGACAGGAAUUUAUGCUGAUAAAUCACUGAAGACAAGUUGUUAAUAAUUCAGUCAUGCCAUUUACAAUUUCAUGAGGCUGGAGAACUUGCUGGUCCAAGCGGACUGUAGCCUGUGUUUAUUUUAGCUCAUAUAUGUACGGUUAAACAGUUGAGACCAUCUUCGUUUAUCCAGGGUGUUUUAUCUCCAUUCAGUAUCCAUUAAUACCCUGGACCGCUGACCAACAUAGCCUCAUUUCCACCUCCAUUGACCUGUAACUGAACACAGAAUUUUUCAUGCACACAGGAGCAAUUUGAUUGGACAAUUGUUUUAAUGGCAUUGUAUAAAUUCUUAUAUCAAUAUGUACUUGGACCAUAAUGCAACAUCAUGUAUUAUUCAGAGCACUGAGUUUUAGUUUUUAUUGUAGAUCAAAGGACAGAAUGAACAAAACAUGUUUUUGUUUCCAUCCACAUAGCUUGCCAUGCCUGGGCUCUCAGCCUACUGACUCAGCAAGAUGGAGUUACUUUUAACAUCUUGUCAUUGAAACUUACAAUUAACUUGAGAUUACAUUGUUACUGUUAUGGAGUCAAAGUGAUAUUUUACUGCUGGCGCAGUAGUGACAGGGGCUGUAUGUUUGGGUGGAAAAUAUCAGGAUGUAAAUGUUUGACGGCAAGCACGGCUAACAUUAAACACCGAGUGAUUGGCUGUAUUGCUGUGAAGCAUGUCUACUGAACACAACAGUAAACAGUCAUUUUUAAUGUGUAUUUGACCCAUAACGGUUCUUCAGUAUAGUGUUUUAAUUCAACAUUUAUAUACAUGAGUAUUUAUUAUACUGAUAACAGUGUAUGAAAUAAGGCUCGUCCGCCUGCCUGAGACGGGUUAGAGAUUUCUGAUGGACAGUCUAGUUUUACAGCUAGCCAGCCUGAUGGUCUGGUAAAAAUUUAGAUGUUAUAUACAUCUGAGUCAUAUCUUGGUGUCUGGUCUGGUUAAAUCCAUUUUGGACUGGUAACAUUUACCAGUUACCAGCCCUCAUGUCUGGCUGGGGUUUUGACUUAUUUCAUACACUGCUGAUAAUUACAACAUUUUAAGAUUUGGGGGCACAAGAUUAAAAUGCCUAUGGGAAAAUAUCAACGACUGAGUAUAUAUAAUCUUAAGUAUGAUAUUACAGCCUCACUCUGUCUAUAGGUCAUUACAUUAC